AUGGCUCUAGUCGAGGAGACGAAGCGCCUCACUGCGCUGUUCGAAUACUCGGACGAACAUGUAAACAAGGGCGUCCAGGAGUUCCUGCGGCAAAUGAACGAGGGACUGGAGAAAGAUGGCACCAGUCUCAGCCAAAUCCCUACAUACGUCACUGAUGUGCCCAAUGGUACCGAGAAGGGACUGUAUCUUGCCGUCGACCUCGGCGGUACCAACUUCCGCGUGUGCUCCAUUCACCUGAACGGUGAUACGACCUUCAACCUUACCUACAGCAAAGUGGCUAUUCCUAAGGAGCUUAUGGUAGCGGAGACAGCACAAGAGCUCUUUGCUUUUCUGGCGAAGCAGAUCGAGCUGUUCCUGAAGACUCACCACGAGGACCAUUUCGAAGCCCAUAUUCGCAGACGACAGACAGGGAGCUUGUCAGAUGGAUACAAGGAUGAGCAUAUUUUCAGCUUGGGCUUUACCUUUAGCUUCCCAGUUCAGCAACUCGGUAUCAACAAGGGCAACCUCAUCCGAUGGACCAAGGGAUUUGACAUUCCCGAUGCUGUCGGUAAGGAUGUUUGUGCCUUGCUUCAGACCGAGAUCGACAAACUGCACCUUCCCGUCAAGGUGGCUGCUCUGGUCAACGACACUGUUGGUACACUGAUGGCACGCUCGUAUACGUCGCCAGGCAAGUCCAGCACUCUCUUGGGAGCCAUCUUUGGUACCGGUACCAACGGUGCCUAUGUGGAGAAGACUAAGAACAUCAAGAAGAACGUUGAGGGCGAGUUUGACAAGUCGACUGGUGAAAUGGUAAUCAACACCGAAUGGGGCUCAUUCGACAACGAGCUUAAUGUGCUCCCCAACACCAAGUGGGAUAUCGAGCUGGAUACCAACAGUGUCAACCCUGGUAUCCAGAUGUUUGAGAAGCGUGUGUCAGGAAUGUUCCUGGGUGAGAUCGUGCGUCUGGUCAUUGUUGACAUGCUGAAUAACCCCAAGAUUUCAUUAUUCCGGGACGACAACUCGAGCUUCAAUGACUGGAAGUCUACCACCACCAUUGACGGCCAAUCGAGCAUCUUGACGCAGUGGGGAUUGGACAGUUCUAUCAUGUCUAUCGCUGCUGCUGACAACACCCCUGAACACUCAACCCUGCGACUGGAGCUCGAAAAGGAGCUUCAGAUUUACUCUGCUUCUUUAGAGGACGCACAAGCGUUCAAGGAUGUUGCAUAUGCUGUUGGUCGUCGGGCUGCUAGACUUUCGGCCGUUGCUAUUGGCGCCAUUGUCCUUCAAAGCGGGUUACUGCGAGACGGUACUGAUGAGCCCAUCGACAUCGGUGUCGAUGGUUCUCUCGUCGAGCAUUACCCUUACUUCAGAGACAUGAUUUACGAAGCUCUAAGUAUUACCAAGGGUAUCGGCCCAGAGGGCGCGAAGAGGAUCCGUAUUGGCAUUGCCAAGGAUGGCAGCGGUGUCGGUGCAGCUCUCAUUGCUUUGGUUGCGGCUGGUAUGGAGAAACCAAAAAGUUAUUUCUGUACGAUACCCGAUACCUUUGUUACCGAACGCGGCCGCCGCGUACUUGCGAUCCUUUUUCUUCCGACCCACGGUAGAGUUGCUCCGUGA